AUGUCGAAAUCGGUAGAUGCCCCUCAGCAGUUCAAGCAGCCCUCCCGUAAGGGUAAGAAGGCUUGGCGCAAGAAUGUCGACGUUACUGAAGUCCAGGAAGGCCUUCGCAUGUUGAAAGAUGAAGAGAUUAAAGGUGGUUUGCUAUCAGAGAAGCCUUCCGAUGAGCUUUUCAUCAUCGACAGCACUGGAAACGACACAGUCCGGACAGAAAUCGCCAGAAAGCAUAAGCCGCUCAAGGCGGACGAAAUCAUCGCUCAGCGGUCUGCUAUUCCCGCGCUUGACGGUCGCAAGCGUAUCAACCCUAAUAUCACCGACGGAGUCAUCGAGCCAAGGACUAAGAAGCACAAGAAGGACUGGGUCACCAAGAAGGAAGUUCUGCGCUUGAAGGAAGUGGCCAAGGCUGGAAACCCCACUGGCAAGAUCCAUGGCGGUGAGCUUUAUGACCCUUGGGCGGAGGAGGUCGAUACAACCUCCACCAAGAUGGAUGACCCUCGUUUCGACUUUUUGGUGAAGCCCAAGGCCAAGGUUGCCCCAGAGACCCUUAAGCAUGCGCCUUUGUCACUUGCCGCCAAUGGAAAGCCUAUCCCCGCUGUCCGAAAACCGCACGCUGGAACUAGUUACAACCCUGUCUUCGAGGAGUGGGAUACUCUGCUAGAGCAACAUGGUGCUGAGGCUGUUGAGGCUGAGAAGAUUCGCCUUGCAGAACAAGCAAAGGAGGAUGAGAAGCAGCGCCUCAGAGAGGAGGCCGAAGGCGACGACGGUGAAGUCAAGUCCGAUGAUGAGAGUGCCUGGGAGGGCUUCGAGAGUGAAUACGAAAAGCCCGAGUGGCUCAACAAGAAGCGACCUGAGCGAAAGACCAAGGCCCAGCGCAACAAGAUUAAGCGGAGAAAGGAAGCUGAGCGAUUGGCGAAGUGGGAGGCCAACAAGGCUUCUAAAGAGGCCCAGGCCGAGAAGAUUGAAUCGCUCGCAGAGGAGGCUAGACAGCGGGAAAUGCUGGCGGCUAACCAGUCUGAUGGCGAUGAUUCUGAUGAGGGAGAUGAUACCAAGCUCCGACGAAAGGCUUUAGGAGGAAAACUUGCACCUCCCGAGAAACGGUUGGAGCUGGUCCUCCCUGAAGAGCUUCAAGACUCUCUAAGAUUACUCAAGCCAGAGGGUAACCUGUUGGAUGAUCGAUUCAGGACGCUCAUUGUUCAAGGAAAGCUGGAAUCCCGCAAGCCGGUCACACAGGCUCGCAAAGCCAAGAGAAAGAUUACCGAGAAGUGGAUGUCGAAGGACUUCAAGGUCCCGGGCUUUGACUAA